AUGGGCUCGGAGAAGCCAAACUUUUUGUCGCAGCCGGUGGUGAAGAACGUUUUCAUGUUCCGCAACGGUGACCCGUACUACGAUGCUCGCCGGAUAGUGAUAAACCAAAAGAGAGUGUCCAACUUCGAGACGUUGCUGAGAGAGGUGACCGGCGGAGUCCAAGCCCCGUUCGGAGCGGUGAGGAACAUCUACACGCCCAGAGGAGGCCACAAGGUGGACAGUUUGGAGAGCCUGCAGAGCGGGGAGCAGUACGUCGCUGCCGGGAGGGAGAGGUUCAAAAAGCUGGAUUACCUCCACAUUGGAUCUAGAAAGAGGAGGUUGCUGCAGACUCUUCCGAUGCAGGCCAAACCGCUGCCACAGACUCGAAUCAUUGUGUCGGCUCGAUUCCUGAAACCCAUCAAGGAGCCAUGUACAAUAUUCGUGGUAGCGAAUGGCGACGUGUUGAACCCUGCAGUGAGGCUGCUGAUCCACCAGAGGAUGCUGGGCCAGUUUGAACGAAUACUAGAGAUGAUCACAGAGAAGAUGGGUUUGAAGGUCCUGGGGGGUGUCCGAAGUCUCUUUACCUACGAAGGCCACCAGGUGACUGAUGGGAAUCAGCUGGAGAGCGGUCAGCUUUAUGUGGCUGUAGGAAGAGACAGGUUUAAGAAGUUGCCUUACAGUGAUCUACUCUUCACCAAACCAAGAGGGACCAGGAGGGUGAAUGGAGUGAAAGCUUACUCUCUCCCACCUAUCUACAGAUUCUCCAAGCAAAAUGGAAACAGCAAGUCCAUAGCCCGGUGUAGUGAUAGUGGAGGUGGAGAAUCCAAGGCGUCUCCUCCAGGCCACAAUGGAAACAACAAGGAACACCUGUCGUCCAUCGUCAGAGAAAUCUCUCAAGCCAGACUCAUCUCUUUCAGGAAGAAGAGGAGCGGACAGAGCAUGACCCUCACUGUCUCUGACAAUGAUGACCAGGAAUCAAAGGCUGAUGAUGGAAACACUGAUGACAAAGCCCCUCAAGAGCAGCCGGCUGAGGAGAAACCGGCAGAUGAUGAUGCAAAACCUGCGGAAGAGAACAGCGAAAAGUUAGGAAAGCAGAACCCUCCAGACAAAGAUUCAAAACCUGCGGAGGAGAGUGGUGAAAAGGAGGAAGAGCAGAAGGAAGCUGCUGCUGAAAACACCAAAGAUGAAGAAGAGGAUGCUUCUGCCAGCAAAGCAGAUCUGGAGGAAAACCAGGAGACAAAUGGUGAAACAGAGGGAGGGGAAGAGAAGAAGGGAGAUGAAGAGCCAAGUGAAAAAGAGGGUGAAGCAACAGCAGAACCUGAGGAGAAAGAGGACGAGGUAAAAGAAGAAGCAGGGGAGGAGGUCACGGAUGAGAGCAAGGAGGAGGUGAAGGCUGAGGAGCAGAGGUCUAGCAGUAGCAACAGUGAUAAGAGCCGGGACAGUACAGAGAAAGAGGAUGGAAGCCAUGCAUCUUCUGAGGGUGAAAAGGACGAGCAGGGCAAAAACACAGAAGAGGAGAAGCGAGAUAAAGUCAGCGAAAAGGGGGAGAAAAGCAGCGAGGAUGAGAAUAAUGAUGUAGACGCAGAGGAGGAACAGAAGGAGACGGAAAACGACAGCGACCCAGGGAAGACUCAGUCAGAUAACGAGACAAAGGACGACGAUAACGACAAAAGCAGCAGUGGCAACAGUAACCAGGAGGAAGAUGUGAGCGAGACAAAAGAGGGGGCUACCGAAGAGUCAGGGGGAGAGGAGAGGAAGGAGAACGGAGAGGUCGAGGGAGUAGAAGAUGAUGAGGUGGAGAGAAACGCCGAGCUGGACACGGAGGACAAAAAUAUUGCCGGACCCAAGGAUACGGCAGCAAAUGGAGAGACAGGGGAGGGUGAUGAAGUGAAGGAAGAGGAGGAAAGAGAAGGAGGAGAAUUAGAAAAGAAGGAGAAAAUGUGAAAGUUUAUUGGGUUGAGCGGUGCUGAAGACGCAAAGCGAUAUUUUACAAUAUGUAAAAAAGCAAAUACAUGGAAGGCAAAGCCCAACAUGACUGCAGACAUAUUUACUAGAUGGCCUUUAAGAAGUCACCCUGAA